GUACUCAUAAUAGUCUGAAGGGGGCGUCGGAAUAAAACCGAGAGACCGGAAGUGGAAGGGACUGCCGAAGGAGACAUUUUAAAAUAAACACCGAGCUAACAGCUAGCAGAGCUGCGAAGCUCAGAGCGGACUGCGUCAAAGCAAAUUCGCCUUCAUGCAAGUUGCGUUUAAUUAAAGCCGAUUAAGUAGUUUGAGUUCAUUUAAUGGAAAACCAAAGAACUUGAUAUUUUUUGAAAAUGUUGAUAAGUCCGACGCUGGAAAACGAAGAAUAUAACUAACACCGCGGUGAGCUUCUGUCCAGGGACAUUGGUCCAAGUUUGGUGGACCUUUGGGCUCUGGGCUAAACAAGAAUAAAGAUGGCUGAUUCCACAAGAGCAGAAGAAGUGUUGGAUGUUGAAUGCCCUCCUGCGUGCCUUGAUGAUCCUCAAUCAGCCACCGCCUCAGUUCUUGAAGAACAAGAUGAGCAUCUGAAAACAGAGACCACCACUAGUACAAGCUCACCCCCAAGAGAGAAGGAGAUAGACAGCCCCUUAAACACUGAGGGCGAGCAAAGUCUGCUUUCUAUGCCAUGUCUGAUGAAGGAGCUCCACAGAGACUCCCCAGAGUCCCACCGUGCAUCUACAGGGAGUGACAAGCUUGUGUCACGCAAUAUCUAUGAAAGUGACUCUUCAAACCCCUGCAUGCUGUCCCCUUCAUCUAGUGGGCACCUUGCUGACUCAGACACACUUUCCUCCGGAGAAGAGGGUGCCGCUCCACCUGCAGGAGGAGACGAAGGGGAUACCAUGGAGGCCACAAACGACCCUGGGCAAGAAUCAAAACAAACCUCUGCCACUGCCUCUGGAGGCAGGAAGUCCCGGCGGUCGCGUUCGGAGAGUGAGACGCCCCCCAGUGCGAUGGCGGCCAAAAAGAACCGCUGCCAACCUACAAUGGCCGCGGCUGCUGGGCAGGAAACCAACGGCAAACCGACGAAAGUGAAAGGUCACCGGAGCCAGAAACACAAGGAGCGCAUACGCCUGCUGAGGCAGAAACGUGAAGCAGCAGCACGGAAGAAAUAUAACCUGCUGCAGGACAGCAGUACCAGUGACAGUGAGCUCACAUGUGACUCGAGCACCAGCUCCUCUGAGGAUGAUGACACUUCAGGAGGAAGCAAGACAAUCCAGACAGAUAUUCCAGACGGGCCUCCAGUAGUGGGUCACUAUGACAUUUCAGACACUGAUUCUAACCAGGAGAGUAUAAAUGUGGAGGCAGUCCGGCCCACGGUGAUAAAGCAUGAGCUAAAAACACACAGAGGCCAGGAUUUGACAUCUCACUCUGGGUGUAUAAGAGCUCUGAGCUCGAUCGCAGGACAAGUGGAGCUCCAGCUGUCAAACAAGGAGAGCUCUCAACUCAAAGCCCAGGUUAAGAUCGCCUCAUCUGACAGUGAGGUGGAAAUUGUGGAGGUCCAAGAGAAAGCACGAUGUGCUCAUCCAUGCGGAGGGGUGAUAAAGAGUUUGUCUUCCUGGAAGGAAAGCUCAGUGGAGCACUUAAACAGCACAAAUCAGUCCCAGCUCUGGACUACAGUUUCCCCUCAGCACAACUGGGUGUCCCCUCCAGAAGUUGUGGACCUCACGUUGGACGAGGACGCCGGGCACAAAUAUCUCCUUUAAGCAGCUGGUUUCCCUCCAGACUCCUCCACCUGGCCUAGUCUUGACACGUCGGCUGAAAUCCUCUGUAGAUUUGCGGCCUUUUUGCCUGUAACCGCUCACGUACUGUUCCCGCACCAGUGGCGCUGUCUUGUUUUUUUUUUUUUUUUAAAUUAGUGUUGAACAAUCCUCUUCCUGCUGAAUUGUUUUGCCUCAUCAGUUAUUCAUUUAGUUGAAACGACAGCACUCAGAGUGACCUGUUCAUAGCAAUAUCCUCCCUUUACUACUUGAUACCUCACCUGCCCCCCUUCGAUAACUUGUGUGGAUGGGGAGGGGGGGGUCUUUUGUGCACCUAAAGAUUGUAUGGAACAAUCUUCUCCUUAGAUCAGAUCAUGACGAUUAACUUAUUUCACUAAAUGCUCUGAAGAAGAUGCUUUCAGGUUGCGUUUUGCAAAUGGUUGCAUUUCCAUAAAUAGUUUGCCAUUAUGGUCAGGGUGAGGGUUUUAUUUUAUUCUUUUUCUUUUUUUAGUAAAGUCUUAACACUGGAUGUGAUUUAAAUCAUUCAAUUGCUUUUAGCUGUUCCCAAUGUAGGUGAAACUUCAGUGAGGAAAUGAAAGAGGUGAUGCAGAUCUCUACAUGUUUUCUAAUCAUUAUCUUGCACUUAAAACUCAAGUUUUUAUGUGUGGAGGGUGGGGUCAAUCUUUAGGUCAAGCACAAAUCUAAGAGUGUUUUUUUUUUUUUUUCUUUGUUCCUUCUGAAUUUUCUGCUGGCUGUUGCGUCGUCUUUGACGGUUGUGGCUUGGGUCCUAUGUGUUAAUAUGCAAACGCGCCUUCCCAAAACAUCUUGACUUUACGCUGACUAACUUAUUUCACAAAAGGGGUUUUUCUUUUUCUUAAAAGUACAGAAAGUCACACUUGAAAACAAGAAAACAGACACUAAAAAUAUAAAAAAAUCAAAAGCAUACAAACACUGCUGCUUGUGUUGUGCUAAGAAAUCCAUUCAUGUUGUGGUUUGGAAUGAAAGAUAAAUAUUUGACUAACUUGGUUUUUGGUGAAUGUUUGUAUGACCUUGCAGUUUUAGUUUGGUGUUUUUACUUGUUUGCACACUGAUUUUGAAGAACUCCUUUUCAUUUUUUAUUUUUAUUUUUAAACUCUGGGGACCCCUUUCUGUUAACUGAGGAACUGCAUCUUCCAUUAAACCCUGCAAAGCGUCACUUCCUGAAUGCCUUGACAAGUGCACUGUUUCCUUUAGAAUAGUGAAAAAGCUUAUUCUUUUACACAAUAAAGCAGAGCAUUUUGGAGCCUCAACUACUAUUUUAGUAAAAAGAUGUCAUUGAAGCACAGAGUAAAAGGCAUUGUGGGACAUUUACUGAAUGCGCUGUUUUUACCCUGAACCUCAGGGCCUGCUUGCUCCUCAGACUUUUAAUGUCCUCAUGCAGCCAAGCUGGUAAUGUUUUGUUUCGUAUAAAUAAUUAUUUUUAAUUUUCUCUAUCACUCAACAAAUUAUAUUUACUUUCCUAAAAUAAAUUUUGGGAAUAAUAAAGUCAUAUUAACUUCUGCUGGUCACAGAAAGGGAAAAUUCUUAUAGGACUAAACCAAAGUCUAACUUUUAUUUUAUUUUAUUUUGGUUUUAUUCAUUUCAUAGUUCCUCCAAACUUUUUAGAAGCUUUUAAUUUGGAAAUGUAUUGCAUUUAUUGUGAAAAGUUGUGAUCAUGAAAUGUUUUAAGUUGAGUACAAUACUGUUUUUAUUUGGCCAGUUGUGAAUCAGCUGUACUCUGCUGUAAUAAUCCUCCACCUCAGCUAAAGGAAUCAGUUCAGUUACUUUUUUAGGUUGUUGGAAAGUUUGUAAGACGGAACCAACAUUUGUGGUGGAAACAGGGCGGAGUUUCCAUUACUGGUUGCACAUGGCAAGUUUUAAUGUUUUUUUUUUUUUUUUUAAAUCCAUCAGGAAUGUUUCCCAUUUCCAGUCAAUCAGAUUUCUUUUUUUUUAUUUGUUUUACUUGUCAGUAUUUUAAAUUAACAAAGACAUGUUAUUUUGUUGCUUCUGUAAGUCGCUGGCUUUGUUGGAAUAAAGUCAGUAGAACAAAAAAAAUAUUUUAAAAGUAAAUAAAUAGUGCUAUUUGAAGAUCUCCUGUAUGACGUUUCUUUUUGUUUGAGAUUCACAGGAAAAAGGUUUUUGGUUUAAAUAAUAUAUAACCUUAGAGCACUUUUGCUAUAAAGAAUGUGUGCACUUUUGCCUGGUAAUUUCUACACAAUGCUAUAUAUCCAAUAAAAAAUAUUUGUUAUUAAAAAA